AAUUCACAAUAGAUUGCAUUAGCUGCUAUAUACCCAAAUUCAAAGGCCUGGGACCCAAUUACGCACCCAAGGAUAUCCUAAAGGACACAUCCAAGCCAAUACAUACAUACAAAGCAUCGCGAUAGAAAUCACUGAACUUGUUUGCCAGCAAGCUGAGAGCCAACCGAGACUUGAACGCGCAGAGAGCGCGUGCCCACAAUCCCACUGCGUAUACGCAUUUUGUUGUUUAUCUAUUUACGGAUGUGCGCCUAAGGAUAACGGUAAACUGAUCAAAAGCAACAGCAAGUCACCGUUAGCUACAUUUGAGCAGCAAAAAGAGCAAAAAAAUAGAGAAGAGCCAAAAAUUUCGACAUGGGUAACGAAACAUCGCUGCCAAUGGACAUGUGCUCCAAUUUCGAUGCAGAUGAGAUCCGUCGCCUGGGCAAACGUUUCCGUAAACUCGAUCUGGACAAUUCGGGAGCGUUGAGCAUAGAUGAGUUUAUGUCGCUGCCGGAACUGCAACAGAAUCCGCUUGUACAGCGCGUCAUCGAUAUAUUCGAUGCGGAUGGCAAUGGUGAGGUCGAUUUCAAGGAAUUCAUCCAGGGCGUCUCACAGUUCAGUGUGCGCGGCGAUAAGCUAUCCAAAUUGCGUUUCGCAUUCCGCAUCUACGAUAUGGACAAUGAUGGUUAUAUCUCAAACGGUGAGCUCUUUCAGGUGCUCAAAAUGAUGGUUGGCAACAAUUUGAAGGAUACGCAACUGCAACAGAUUGUCGACAAGACAAUCUGUUUCGCCGACAAGGAUGAGGAUGGCAAAAUAUCAUUCGAUGAGUUCUGUUCCGUCGUGGGCAAUACGGAUAUACAUAAGAAAAUGGUUGUUGAUGUUUAAAUCUAAGCGGCCAAUAGAUACGCACACACACACACACACACCAGCACACACACACACAUAACUAUUUAUCGACUAACGGUAUACAUAUACAUGGAAAUCAAACUCUUUUUUUUUGUUUUCUAAUUCCAAUUCGUUGACAUUUCAAACAAACGCUAUGCAUAUGUGCGUGCUAAAUGGCAACAACUAACUAACUAAACCAAGUAACUAUUUAAAAACAAAUACUUAAGCAAAUGAAAGCUAAACCAAAGAAAGGAAUCAAACUAUGAAAACUCGAAUUUGAUAAUAUUAAAAAAAACCCAUCUGGAGCGUGUGAAUCUAACAUGCAGGAUUUGGUAUUUGGUUGUUGACUCCCCCCCCCCCCCCUCUCCCGUCACUGCACCCCUCUGCCACCUUUCCACCUGCCUUUUCACCACCUGUCUCUGUGUGUCUUAUAAGUAUCAUAGCAAAGAAUGAAGUACUAUCUAUCUAUCUAUAGAAAUGCAACUACAUAUGUUUUGUGCCUGGGCUCAAUUAUCGGAAUCUCAACUGAUUUAUUGUUAGAAUAAGAAGGCCCACACGAUGGCCAGAGUUCUAUUAACUAUAGCAUUUAUUGUAUUUGUAUCGUACGUCUAUUCUGUUUGAUUUUUCAUUAUUGAUUGAUCUUUUUCGUUUUCGUUUUUUUUUUUUCUCAAAUAUAUUCUAUUCAAGUUUUUGAAACUAA